AUGUUCGAAGCUGCGGGCGCACACCAGUUCGACGACCUGCCCAAGCCUUCCACAAGCAUUCCCAGCACAAGUCGGCCUUCGCCGCGCCAUAGCCGGGGAUCUGAGAACUCGAACGGCCGGACCGGUGUGAACGGAGCCAGCCAUAAAAAGCAGAAGGAGGAGAAGGAGGAUGUUUCGCAAAAGCAUCUGGAGCAUGCCAAAACCGUGGAAAGCGAGUGGUCACAGAACGGCAUGGAGAUGGAUGCGGUGCGCACGGAGAUAUCUCACCCGCUGAAGUCUGGCCUGCAGCACCUGAGCGAAGAAGAGGCCAGAGCAAUCCGCCACAGAUUGCGUCUACGACUGGGAGCAUUGACGGCCAAGAAGCUUGUGUCAGGCAAAUCCUUGCAUGAUGCCUGCAGCUCUUUGGGUCUCACGCGCUACACCAUCGAGGAUAUGAAUGAGCUUGUCAACCUCUUGGCAGACUAUAUCGGUCUCACCUUCGACUCAGUGGAGAUUCCGACGGGCCGGCGGAUAAGUGAGUCGUCGAACAUGUUUGGCUUCCGCGAGAGUGCCAUGAACAGCCUGGGCAAGCCGGUAUGGCAAUGGCCCAGGAUGGGAGGAGGCCGUGACUCGCUCCAUCGAAGCGCAUCCCUCACCCCCUUUGCGGACAUGCCAGCACGUUGCCAUCUGAAUGUCGUCCCUGCGCAGCCCCUGAUGGACCUGUUCCUGGCACAGGAAGGCGAUGUUCAUCGAAAAGUUCUUGGACCGCGAAUGCUGAAGCAGUUCCAGGCCAUGAAAGAGAUCCUUCUGGCUGGCGACACAAACAGGCUCGUUGCGGAGCUGACCUUCGUCAGGAUCAACGACUUGGCGGCUCCCCCCGAGCCAAUGAACCUCCUCCUGUGCCUAGAGCCUCUUGUGGCAAUCGUCAUCAUCGCCAAUGGAGUGAUGAUCGGCUUCCAGACAGAUCCGCAGUGGAAGGAUUGGCCGCACUGGAUUGCCGUGGAAGCAGCAUUUGCUUGCUUCCUGAUAUUAGAGAUUGUGCUGCGCAUGUACCUUCAAGGUGGCCGCACCUUCUUCAGCGGUAAUGAGCUCAUGUGGAACAUGUUUGAUUUGUUCCUUGGCCUGACUGGCGUAACGGACGUGAUUAUCCAAAUCGUGUCGGACAGCAAUGGCGAUGUAUUUGGCACAUCUCUGCUCCGCUUUUGCAGACUGAUCCGCCUAGUACGAAUUGUGAAGGUGUUUCGCCUCAAGGCUAUGAAGGAUUUGCGUCUCAUGGUCAAGGGCCUGAUUGCUGGAGUGAAGACGCUGGUCAUGGCCUUCACAUUGCUCUUCACUGUCCUCUACGUCAUCAGUGGCUUUGCCACCAUGACACUCGGUCAAAGCUUGAGCGACAGCGACGACAUUGCUGUCCGAAGUCUGGCGAAGUUCUUCAACACGAUUCCAUCUUCGAUGUUUACGGCCUUCCGCUGUGCCACUGGUGAGUGCACCGAUGACGAAGGGCAACCUUUACAGUCAAUUCUGGCCAGUGAGUUUGGAGUCUCCUUCAUUUUUUCCUACGUUGCCAGCUAUAUGCUGGUGUCCAUGGGUAUAUUCAACGUGAUUCUGGCGGUGUAUGUGGACAUCACCAUGAAGGCCGCCAAGGAGAAUGAUGCCGUCACAAUUGAGCAGCACUCGAAGGAAUCAAUCAGGAUCGCGCGAAUCACGCGCGAGCUGCUGAAGAAAUUCGCUGGUGCAUUUCGGAUGUACCAAGACAUGGAAGAUGCCAGCGACAAGUGGCAGGAUAUUUCCAACCGGAAGAGCGACGUGAUGUUUACGGAUGGUGACGUCCACGAAGGUAUUGCAAUCACGAAGGAGUUGUUUCUCAUCGUGAUUCAGGACCGUCGCGUUCAGGAUCUCAUGGAUGAGUUGGACCUGCCCCCCGACCGCGCCAAUCUGUUUGAAAUCAUCGAUGCCGACUCGAGCGGCACCUUGCACAUCACGGAGCUCGUCCACGGUCUUUUGAAGAUCCGCGGCGACAUCAACAAGAGUGAUGUGGUGGCCGGGCUGCUGGCCACCAAGGCCUGCUAUGACAAGGUCAGUGAGCUGAAGGAGGAGCACGAAAGCAGCCUUUCCGCGGUUCGCAACGAGCUGGCGGUGCUGCGGUCAGAGCUGCUCGCAGCACGCAGCAGCUGCGCAUCUACCUGUGUCGUGACCGUGACUCCCGAUGACGGCCUGGUGCAGGGCCAGUGCCCACAUCCUCCAUGCUGCUCGAAACCGACGCUGUUGCUGACCGAGGUCCCUCUGAAGCCCCAGCUCAUCCACGAGUGCGACGAUUCACCUGGACCUUGA